UUUGGUUAUCUGAGCCCUUAGAAUAAUGCUGGGAAUAAUAAUAAACGGGUUGCUGGUGUUUGUAAUGCUCGGAAUAGAUGAAGACUCGCUGCACACUCAUUAGACUACACUGAGGCCGGUAUGAUCUGAUCUCAGCGUCAUCGAGUCUGUCUGUGAUUACAUGAAGAAACUGAGACAGGCUGAACCCAAAACAACUCUUGAAGAAACCUUCCUGCAAAGCUACAACACUCAGGGUCAGUGGUGUCUGCGGGCGGGGCCGAUGAUGUCGGGGUCGCUGCUGUGGGCGGUGGAUGUAUACGGGCGGGUGUUCAGUCUCCCGGCCGCUAGAGGGCGCUGGAGCCGCGCUGCUGAUAUAGUGCUGGAGCUGAAGCGUGUGACGGGCUCUCGUCAGUGCUGCUGGGGCAUCGGCUGCGACCAUCACGUCUAUCUCCAUGUGUAUCCCAGUCACGUGCCUAUACGCCACCAGGAAGAGACCUACGAAAACCAGAGGUGGAACCCAGUGGAGGGUUUCACAGACACACUCCUCCCGACGGACCGCUGGCAGUGGACGGAUGAGUCCGGCUCCACCCCACAGCCUCUGCACAGCUUUGAGCUGCCGUCUGCUAACUGGGAGUGGGAGGGCGACUGGUACGUGGAUGAUGAAAGCUGUGGGAGGGAAUCCACUGAGACUGGGGGCUGGGAGUACGCGGUGGACUUCCCUGCAGCAUUCAGCAAAGACAAGAAGUGGAAUUCAUGUGUCCGUCGCAGGCGAUGGCUUCGCUACAGGAGAUAUAAAGCACUGGGAUCGUGGGCCAAGGUGCCUUUGGACCGGGGCAGGUCUCCACCCGAGCCCUUCGUGGACCUCAGCUGUGGAGGCUGGGACAUGAGCGACGGCCCCGAGAAGCACAUUCACCUGUGGGCCGUGUCCCAACAAGGGAAGCUGUGGUCCCGCACAGGCAUCAGCCAGCAGAACCCGGAGGGGACACGAUGGGAGCCCGUCCAGGUUCCCCGAGAGGUGGCACAGGUCAGCGCCGGCCCGAAAGACCUGCUCUGGGUCGUUCUCUGGGACGGACAAAUACUGGCCAGGACGGGCAUCAGUAAAGACUGCCCUAAAGGCUCAUCGUGGGUUCUAGUGGAGUCUCCGAGUCAGAAAGGAGCCGUUCAUGUUGCCGUGGGCGUCGCUGUCGUUUGGGCCGUUACUAAGGACAACAAAGUCUGGUUCAGGAGGGGUGUGAAUUCCCACAAUCCCACUGGCUCAGGCUGGAUCAGCAUUGGUGGAGAGAUGGUGAUGCUCAGCGUGGGGCCCAAUGACCAGGUUUGGGGUGUUGGCAGCGAUGACCGGACCGUGUAUUUCCGUCAUGGCGUGACGGACACAGAGGUCACCGGAAGGUCAUGGGUCGCAGUGUCGGCCCAGCUUGAUAGCAGCAAAAGCAUAAAUCAUUCCAGUGUCGGUGCGCACGUAGAUGCCGGUGUGUUCGAUGGUGAUGUCACCGCUCCUUCCCAGGGAUCCGUUCUGGGCUGUGAUGACACGGACAUCCCGAAGCCACGUGUUCCCAAGAUCACGAGUGACAGCUUUAUCUCUGCGCUGGUGUCGGAUCGCUCCGCUCCAGCGGUGCCUCUCGAUGGAGACCAGGCGACCGGCCCAGAGUCCGGCUCCUCCGCCCUGACCCCGACGCCAUGGAGCAAUGUAGACCUGGAGGAGAUGAAGGCCUUGGUUCCCAGGAGCUCAGUGGCCACGUAUCCCAUCGAGCUGCAGCACAACACGGUAGAGCAGGAGGACACGCCGCCCUGGGCCUGGGUAACCGGUGGAGGAUGUGACAUCCAUUCCAGAUCACAUGUCGACUGGUUUAACACCUCAGAUGCCGGGCCGCUCUCUCCAGCCAUCACCCCUGCCCUCGGUGCUCCACACACUGAACCAGGAGCCGCCGCAGAGAAGUCCGUGCGUGUGACGACAGGGCGCAUGUGUUGGUGGAGGGACUGGCCUCCUCAUGAGUGGGAGGACGUGAGCGUGACGCUGGAGAAGGUCACCGGUGCCGGAGCUCAGACAGGAGACAUACUUUACCUGUACUACACACAACACCUGGAGAAGAAGUAUCUGUGUGCUGUGAUGAAGGAGGUGACGGCCCUGGUGCCCGUGUUGAGGGACUCUCUGUACACUAUGGCGGUGUACACCGCAGACAGGACCCGGCACAGGACCCCCAUCUUACUGGCAACUCCGUCGCAACAGGACUUCAGUACUUGGCUGUCUCUGUUGAACGAGUCGUGUUGUGAGUCCAGGGGUCUCGGAGACCAUCCAUCCAAGCAGGCGCUGUGGGCUGUGACAUGUAAAGGUGAUGUCAUGGUGCAUGAGCCGUCCCCCAGCCUGGAGGCGCCGGCGCAGUACCUGCCCUGCGAUCACAUGUUCUGGCGUCAGGUUCCUGCUCAUCUGCUGUGUGUGGAGUCUAGCAGUCUGGGUGUGGUGUGGGGCAUCGGUCACGAUCACACAGCCUGGGUCUACACAGGGGCCGGCAGGGGACCAUCGGCUCCGGGGAAUGAAGUAAGUGAUGUGAGGAGUGUGUGCAUCUAUGAGAACCAGCGCUGGAACCCCAUGACGGGAUACACAGACAAGGGUCUUCCCACUGACCGCUACAUGUGGAGCGACUCGUCGGGUCUGAGAGAGUGCACUAAAGACAACACCAGCCCUCCCUCGCCACAGUGGACAUGGGUCUCUGAUUGGGCCGUAGACUACAGUGUCCCAGGAGGGACAGAUAAAGAGGGCUGGCAGUACGCUGCAGAUUUCCCUGUGACCUUUCACGGUUAUAAGACAAUAAAGGAUUUUGUGCGGCGCAGAAGGUGGGCUCGGAAGUGUGAGAUCAGCCUCAGGGGCCCCUGGCAGAAGGUCCCGCCGAUCCCCCUGACGGACGUCACCGUCCUGCCGUGUGUGGCUCAGAGCGGCCUGGAGCAGAUUCCAGUGUGGGCCAUCAGUGAGAAGGGGGAUGUCCUGUGCCGGAUGGGGGUCACUGCAGAGAACCCGGCUGGCGACUCCUGGCUCCACGUCGGGACAGACCAGCCCUUCAAGUCCAUCUGUAUAGGAGGAGGACACCAGGUGUGGGCCAUCGCCAGGGACGGGGCCGUCUUCUACCGGGGCUCCGUGUCUGCACUCAAUCCGGCUGGCGAGUGCUGGUACCACAUCCCGUCCCCGCCGAGGCAGAUGCUCAAACAGGUGUCUGUGGGCAGGACCUCCGUCUAUGCUGUGGAUGAAAACAGUAAUCUGUGGUACAGACAGGGUUUGACACCCAGCUAUCCUCAGGGUUCUGCAUGGGAACUCAUCUCCAGUAACGUGUGCAAGGUGUCUGUGGGACCACUGGACCAGGUUUGGAUAAUAGCUGAUAAAGUGCCAGGUUAUCCAUUAGAAAGCUCAGGAACUGUAUGCCACAGACUGGGAGUGAAGCCCAUGCAGCCGAAAGGCCUGAGCUGGGACUUCGGUAUUGGGGGCGGCUGGGACCACCUGUCGGUGAGAGGGAACUCUUUAGAGGCGCAGCGGGUGGCAGUGCGCAGUCCAAUGCCCAGCCGGACUCAGAGUCAGGUGAACGGGAAUGCUGUGAGCUGCUAGUCAUUCUGCUACUCACACAAUACCCCCAUCAUCAUCACCUUCAUCAUGCUUGACUCCACGUCCCAGCUUGUUGUUCUUAACACCCAUCCUGUCUCUGCCCAGUGCCCUUCCACCCAAAUGGGACUGUUUUUCUUCUUCUUUUGAUUGCCUGAAUAACAAACUGAUCUUCUUUUGAUUUCUGUACAUGUAUGAUUUGAAUCACCUGAUGUCAUUUUGUCAUAUUUUCUUGUUGCCGUAUUUGUUUCUGUAAUCGGUAGAAGCCCAUUUUAUGUUAUUGGUUUGAUUAUAUUAUUCAGUCCCUCCAGGAUUUCGCGAUGUCGCGAUCGCAACUAUUAACGCAACUUCAACAAAUCCACGUGAAUUCAGGGCGCCUUGCAAUUUUGAAAAAUCACCGCAACUUUUCUGCAACUUUGACGAAUCAUCGCGCCGCGGUCUCCUGCAAAGCGUCGUCAUACGUCAGCAAACUCACUUGUUUUGUUCAGAAGACGCAGCAGAUGUGGACUGCCAACGUCUCACAUUUAGGCUACCUACAAAAAUAACAGAAAAGGCCAAUGUUGCCAACUUAGUCUUUGUCGCUAUAUUUAGUGAUAUAAGAGACAAAUCUAGCGGCUUUUUGGACAAACCUCAGUAACCAAAUGUUGCCAGCGAGCGCGAGGUUUGCUUUCUCCCUGCCGUCACACCUCUCUCUUCGUCCCUGUUCAGUGAACGGCUGCUGUAGAGGAGCAGCACGGCAGCUGACAGACGCGAAUGAGCAGUGUUGUUUCCACGGACUUAUCACUUAUCUGCUUCUCUUUUGUUUUAUAUUUAAAGAAUUGAGUUUGACCAUUUUAUUUUCCUUUCUUUUCUUGUGUUUAUCACUUGUAAUAGGCUACUCACUAUCACAGUGCAUUAGUUCACCCAGUUCCCGAACUCUCUCAAUUCAGAAAAUUUUACACAUAAAAAAUAGCUAGCCGACUCGUUCUAUUGUCUGACAAAAAAAAAAAUUAAGCUUUAUUGGAUAUGCGGCUAUACUAUAUUAUAUUAGCUAUAUUAAAAUACAUUAUCAAACAUUUGGUUUUUCCACCAUUUAACUUUAGUGGCUAUUCCUAAAACUGUAUUUUGCACUUUAUUAGUAUUGGCAUCUUUCAACAUAAAUGCUGCUUAAUGUUUGUGAGGUUCUGCACAUUGACUUUUUUGCAGGUGCAGAUCUUGUUUAAAAAAAAA